AUGCCGAAAAGCGGCAAAAGAAAGCGGGCUGAGGUUGAGCAGAAGCCAAAAUCUGCAAACAAAUCAGCCAAAACCUCCAAUGGCUUGAAAGAGACCGCAAAAGACCCAUACCCGAAUCACCCUCGACCCACCCCAGAAGAAUGCCUGUCCGUACGAGACGACCUCUUGGCCUUCCAUGGCUUCCCCAAAGAAUUCGCCGAGUACCGAAAGCAGAGACUGAUUUCUCGCGACGCCGAUGGCACCGGGAUUUCAGAGCCGUCCGAUCUGAAAGAAAGUGUUUUGGAUGGCCUAGUGAGGACUCUGCUGUCUCAAAAUACCACGGAAGUCAAUUCUCAAAAAGCUUUUGCUUGUCUGAAGUCCGCUUUUCCAACUUGGGAAGAUGUUCUUGCUGCUGAGUCGACAUGCGUAGAGGAUGCCAUAAGAUGUGGAGGCUUAGCCCGGACCAAAGCUUCGUGUAUUAAGAACCUACUGAGGUGUUUGCUAGAGAAAAAGGAAAAGUUGUGCUUGGAGUACUUGCGAGACUUGUCUGUUGAUGAAAUUAAGGCUGAGCUCUCUCAUUACAAAGGAAUCGGUCCCAAAACGGUUGCGUGUGUUUUGAUGUUCCAACUUCAGCAAGACGAUUUUCCCGUGGACACACAUGUGUUUGAGAUUGCAAAGGCUAUGAGUUGGGUGCCAGUUGAAGCAGACAGGAACAAGACAUAUCUUCAUCUUAACCAGCGGAUCCCAAAUGAACUUAAAUUUGAUCUCAACUGCCUCUUGUUUACACAUGGUAAACUCUGCCGCAAAUGCAUCAAGAAAGGAGGUAACCAGCAAGGAAAAGAAUCCCAUGAUAACUCCUGCCCUUUAUUACGUUACCGUAAGUAA